UAGGGACCCACCUUCCCAGUGUGGGAUCCACCAUCCAUCGCCCACAAGCUGAAGCCAUAUGUUUCUCUUUAGUUCGCGGGUAAAACUGUAGAACCUCUCCUCACCACUUACCUCCCUCCAUCACCCACCGUCGCCAUCCGCCCCUGUUUCAAAUUCACUCUUUCCCCAUCAUUUUCUUCCUCCAGUCUCUGUCUAUUCUUUAAAACCUCCUUCUAUAACUCAAAUUUCCAUUUCCCCAAAGAGAAAAUAAAAAUAAAAAUAAAUGAGCUUCUCUUACACCACCAGCCUCCGUAUCACGCCCAACCGCUCCUCCGACCCCUUCUUUUUCUACCCUCGAAACUCUUUCCGUAUCCGCGAAUUUCGUGUUUUCAGACGACGACGCCGUUUCAAGCUCUCCCGCUCCAACCCCACUCUCCAAAGCCAAUUCAAUUUAUCUUUCGAUAACAACCUUUUCCAGAAUCUUUCCUCCCUCUAUUUUCUCGCUCCGGUUUUGGGUCUAACUUCCGGCCUCUCUCUUUAUUUGUCGUCGCGGUUGAAUUUAGCAUCAGGAGGUCGAAAAAAUGCCUGCGAAAUCGGGGAGUGGGUUCUGUUCACCAGUCCGACGCCGUUUAACCGCUUCGUCGUCCUCCGAUGCCCCUCUAUAUCGUUCGAAGGAAGUGAGCUGAUGGAGGAUGUGAACGAGAGGCUGGUGAAGGAAGAUAGGCAUUUCGUGAGGAUAGAUAGCGGAAGGAUGAUACGGGAGAGUAGAAACAGAGGAGAGGAGCUGAGUGAGUUGGAAUACCAGAGAGUUUGUAUAAACACGGAGGAUGGCGGCGUCGUUUCAAUUGAUUGGCCGGCGAAUUUAGACUUGAGCGAAGAACAUGGAUUGGACACGACGGUCCUGGUGGUCCCGGGAACGGCGGAGGGUAGUAUGGACACGAAGGUCAAGGCGUUUGUUAAGGACGCGGUUAUUUGUGGGUUUUUUCCGGUUGUUAUGAAUCCCAGAGGUUGCGCUAGCUCGCCACUCACCACUCCGCGGUUGUUUACAGCUGCUGACAGUGAUGAUAUCUCCACAGUUAUACAAUUCAUCAGUAAGGCAAGACCAUGGAACGCAUUGAUGGGUGUUGGCUGGGGAUACGGUGCAAACAUGUUGACAAAAUACUUGGCGGAAGUUGGUGAGAAAACACCUUUGACAGCUGCGACUUGUAUAGACAAUCCUUUUGAUUUGGAGGAGGCCACAAGAUUGACUCCUUAUCAGAUCGCUCUAAAUGAAAAACUCACUGGUGGACUUAUAGAUAUUCUACGCUCUAAUAAGGAGCUAUUUCAAGGCCGGGCAAAAGGGUUUGAUGUGGAAAAGGCUUUAUCGGCCAAAUCUGUUCGUGACUUUGAUAAGGCAAUAUCUAUGAUAUCUUAUGGCUUCGAGGACAUAGAAAACUUUUACUCCAAAUCUAGUUCGCGAAGCUUAGUUCACAAUGUGAAGAUUCCUGUUCUUUUUAUACAGAGUGAUGAUGGAUCAGUUCCACUGUUCUCCAUUCCACGUGGUUUGAUUGCAGAAAAUCCUUUUACCAGCCUACUUCUAUGUUCUUGUUAUUCAUAUAGAGCUACAGCAUCUUGGUGCCAGCAUCUUACUAUUGAGUGGCUUACUGCAGUGGAGCUUGGACUCCUAAAGGGUCGUCAUCCUCUUCUAAAAGAUGUUGAUGUCACCAUCAGUCCCUCAAAAGGUGUAGCUUUCACAGAAGGUAGGUUGACUGGUAAAGGAAGAAACACUAAGAAGCUUUUGGAUCUUUCUAGAUCAAAUUCUAUAAAUGGCUAUUCCGUUGGUCCUACAAGAGACAUGUUAGAGGAUGGUAGUACAGCUGCUAGCAUGCACCUACAGUCCGGACAAGAUUCACUCAAAGAUGUGUCAGCAAAGAACAAACCUCUUGAAGGAGAGUUGGUCAAAGAGGAAGCUGUACCUGAAGAUGGCAAAAUAGGGCAAGUUUUACAAACUGCACAAGUAGUUAUGAAUAUGCUUGAUGUAACUAUGCCCGGAACUUUGAAAGAAGCAGAGAAGCAGAAGGUAUUGGCUGCUGUUAAUCAAGGAGAAACAGUUAUGAAAGCUUUGCAAGAUGCUGUUCCAGAAGAUGUUCGUGAAAAACUCACGGGAGCUGUAUCUGUUGUUAUGCAUUCUCAAGGCACGAACUUAAAACAGGGUAUUGAGUGGAUUCCCAAAAUGCAAUCAGGGUUUGAGUCAAAAGUCCAACAAAGUGCCAGUAAAGCUCAUUCUACAGAUGAGAUAAAAAGAGCUCAGGAUUUGGCAAAUGGGAUUGAUAGCAAUCAAGUUGGGUCGGAGAAAGCUAUUGCUGGACAGGGAUCAGAAUCUCAGCCUUCAGACGAUAUGCAAAAGUCUGGGGAUGUAGGUCAAUCUCAAUCAGCAAGUGGAAAUCACGGUGAUAUUUCUUCUUCAGUCAAGAAGGAUACAAAUGGGACUGAUACCAAUCAAGUUGGCUCGGAGAAAGCUACUGCUGGACAGGGAUCAGAAUCUCAGCCUUUAGGCAAUAUGCACAAGUCCGGGGAUAUAGUUCAAUCUCAACCAGCAAGUGGAGAUUACAGUGAUGUAUCUUCUUCAGUCAAGAAGGAUACAAAUGAAUCAGGAAAAACUCAUGUAACUGAUGAUCUCAAUAAGGAAAAGGCCUCUCUACAUGCUGAAUUGAUUGAACCAGGAUCAGAAACUAGUGCUAAGCCUAAUUUGUCGACCCAAGCUGGGAAGGAAGGUUGCACGGACGAAAUACUUAGUGGUGAAUCCAAAGCAGACCAAGAUGGUGUAGGCCAAACUGAAACGAAGGAUGAUAAUAAUUCCCAGCAAAAGGAAGAAAAAGUCGUGGAUUCUUUGACCGACCAAAAUAAAGUGGCUUCUGCAGGAUCUUCUGAAGCCCAACCUGAGGAAGGGGAAAGGAUUGAUGAUCAGAAGAAAGAUGUGCAACGUUCAUCUGAUCAAAAUAAGUCCACCGUCACUGAUUCCAAUACUACAUCCUUCAGUGUUUCUCAAGCAUUAGAGGCUCUGACAGGGAUGGAUGAUUCCACCCAAGUGGCUGUUAACAGUGUGUUUGAUGUGAUAGAAAAUAUGAUUGAUCAACUUGAGGUGGAAAAAGAAAAUGAUUCGAAUGUUGGACAUGAGGUCAGGGCUGAGAAUAUUGAAUCUCUGCCUGAGACGCAAGAUACAUCUGAAAAAAAAGGGGGCAGUGACAAUGAUAACAAAUUAAGAGAAGCCGAAGGCAGUAAAAAUAACCAGAGUAUGAUUUCUGAUAGAUUGUACGAUCCUCCAACACAUAAUGAUCAUGGCAAUGACACAUCCUUGCAUGAUGACUCAACUAGUGAAUGGCUGGGGAAGGAAUCCCUAAAAAAUCCUGUUUCAUCUAAGGAGACUGGUAGUGAUGAUUCUCAGAGAAAUACUGCAGGCGGUAGUUUGGAUUUUCCAAGAAACAAUGAUCGUCUAGUUGGUCGUAAAUCUCUGGCUGACUAUUCAGAUAGACCCAUAAAUAGCAUUCCAUAUAAUAAAUACUUCCAUAGAUAUUUGCUUUCAAAACCAUCUACCAAACCACUAGAUGUAGAUACAACUACUGCUUUAUUGCUCGACUACUUUCCAGAAGGAGGUCAGUGGAUGCUCUUGGAACAACCUGGAGAGAACAGAAAUUCUACUGGUGAUCUUACAACUCGUAGCAGAGAACCUGAGGCUCCAGCUGCUGAAGUGAGUGAAAUGGAAAAUUGCAUUGAAACAUCAUAUGAAAUAUUAGAUACUGAAAGGCAGCAUGACCCUGUUGGAGAGUUUGAGACUAGAGGCAAUAUGAUUGGAAAUGCUGGACAGGGAUAUAGGGGACUAGAGGAAUUGAUGCAUCUGGUAAAAGUUACUAUAUUGGAUUCUUUGAGGGUGGAAGUUGAUCGUAGGCUGACUGCAUCUGACAUGGAAGAAAUGGAAUCUCAACUUGCUAUAGAUAUUGAAACAAUUGCAUCUGCAGUGUCUCUGUGUAUUAGAGAUGAUGAGAAGCUUAAUGAUUUUGAGGGCAAGGAGAAUGUUAUUGACAAUACCUCAGCUAAAGUUGGUACUAUUAAUGGAGAGAAUGUUAUCAAGGCUAUUUCAUCAACUGUUCAGAGCACAAGUUAUCUAAGGAGAGUGCUGCCGAUAGGUAUUAUUAUAGGAUCUAGCUUAGCUGGUUUGAGGAAGUAUUUUCAUCUAUCUACAGUUCACGGUGAUGAUCAAAGUGAAGUUAAAGCUGCUGAAAAAACGCAAAUAUCUCGGGGGGGAAAUCAUGGUAGGACUAGUAUAACGGAUAUUGAUCAAUCACCUGUUCAUAAAACUAGUCAAGAUGGUACUCUGCAUGGCCCCAGGAACAAAAAAGAGGUAGAAACCAGUUUGAAAAACCUAGACAAAGACGGUGUCAUGGUUGGUGCUGUUACAGCUGCUCUGGGAGCGUCAGCUUUGCUAGCUCCACUGCCAAACCAGGAUCCCCUAAAAGAAAAGGGAACUGCAGAAAGUUCGUCCAAGACAUUCAGGGAGAAAGUUCAUCUGCAUAAAGAGCUUGGAAUUCCUGACGAAAUAGUAGGCGACAAAAACCAAAUCAACAUGGUCAGUAAUCUUGCGGAGAAAGCCUUAUCAGUUGCUGGUCCUAUUGUACCUACAAAGGAAGAUGGUGAAUUGGAUCAAGAAAGAUUGGUUGCUAUGUUAGCAGAUUUGGGACAAAGGGGUGGCAUUUUGAGGCUAUUUGGUAAAAUUGCUUUGCUUUGGGGUGGUAUACGUGCUUCAGUGAGUCUAACGGAUAGGCUUAUCACAUUUCUCCGCAUAGCUGAACGCCCCUUAUACCAAAGGAUUCUUGGCUUUGUCAGCAUGGGUCUUGUUCUGUGGUCGCCAGUUAUUGUUCCAUUGCUUCCAACUCUUGUGCAGAGCUGGACAAGAAAUAAUCCCUCCAAGUUUGCUGAACUUGUUUCCAUUAUUGGCUUGUACUAUGCUCUCAUGAUACUUGUCAUGUUAUGGGGCAAAAGAAUACGUGGUUAUGAAAAUCCACUUGAGCAAUAUGGACUGGAUUCGACAUCAUCAAUGAUCAGAGGUUUUCUGACAGGUUUGAUUGGAGGAGUCAUGCUUGUUAUGUUAAUACAAUCUGUAAAUGUUUUGCUUGGCUGUGUCAGUUUGUCUGUGCCUUCAAAUUUUCUUCCAUCAUGUGUGGAUUUCACGACCAGGCUCAAAGUUUAUGGGAAACUGCUUGUGAUGGCUGUUCGAGGAAUUGUUACCACUACUGGCAUUGUGCUAAUUGAAGAACUGGUUUUUAGAUCAUGGUUGUCUGAUGAAAUUGCUGCAGAUUUUGGAUAUCAUCGGGGAAUUAUCAUAUCUGGACUUGUAUUUUCUUUGAUCCAGAGGUCUCUAAUGGCGAUACCCGGGUUAUGGCUUUUAUCUUUAGCUUUGUCAGGCAUACGGCAAAGAAACGAGGGCAGCCUCUCAAUUCCAACCGGAUUUCGGACUGGGAUAAUGGCUUCAAGUAUUGUUCUACAAACAAGUGGAAUUCUAAUUUAUAAGGCGAACCAUCCUCUCUGGAUAACUAAAGGUUACCCCUUUCAACCUUUUAGUGGAGUAGUUGGUCUUGCAUUUGCUUUAGUAUUGGCAACCAUUUUGUAUCCGAGACAACGUCAGGAACUCGAGAACCAGAAAACUACCAAAGAAGAAUAGAUGGAGAGAGUUGUAGGGUUUAGAAGGGAAGCAGCCUUUGCCACAAAGUGCUGCAUUUUUGGGUCAAUAGUUUUGUGUAACGGUGCCUGUCUGCAGAGUCGAUCUUCGUAAUUUUCACGCUCUAUGGGAGUGUUAGGUAAAUAUUUGUAAAUGCAUGUAAGGAGAUAUUUGAAGCAAAAAAGGAAAGAAAGAACAAAGUAGAUAUUGUGGCAACAUUGUCUCGUCUUUAUGUAUAGUUUACGCUACAAUGUCCUAUCAGAAAUGCCCUCCGAGCACAAGAGAAGCAUGGCGAUGGUAUAGCAGUGUACAGUUUGUAAGUUUUGAAAUGUCAAUCUUGUAAAGGUAUACAGAAAUAAUCUAAUACGUAUACGAGUGGUUCCU